GUUACUAUUCAUUUACAACGUCUUUCUCAUUCAUCUCCUCCGUCUUGGCUUCUUCUAGCUCAGAGUCACACCUCGAUCAACCUCUCCGAUCCCACUGACCAUUCAAAUUCCGUCCAUCCUCGCCUGAACUGAAGAAACAAGCUCUCUCCGUUCCUCCAAACCAUGCAUAGCCGGCCGUCGCAGACCCGGCUAUUGCCUCUCCAGUCCAGAAUUUCACUUCUCCUGCUCGCCAUGCUCUCUACCAUGGCCGCAAUUUACGUCGCCGGCCGUAUGUGGCAGGAUGCUGAAGCUAGGGUUCAUUUGAUUCAGGAACUUGAUAAAACAAAUAGUCAGGUUCACACUGCUAUAUCGGUAGACGAUACGCUUAAGAUUAUAGCUUGCAGGGAGCAACAGAAGAAGUUGUCCGCCGUGGAGACAGAACUGGCUGCAGCAAGGAAAGAAGGCUUUGUUCCGAAGAGCUUGGUGGAGAAUGAGAAGGCUAAUUAUUCUAGGAAGAGGAUUCUAGCAGUUAUAGGGAUUUUUACGACGUUUGGCCGCAAGAAAAAUAGGGAGGCAAUUCGUAUGGCGUGGAUGCCUACUGGUGCAGCAAUGAAAAAAGUGGCAGAUGAAAAGGGCAUUGUUGUGCGGUUUGUAAUUGGAAGAAGCCCAAAUCGUGGAGACAGUUUGGACAAGCAAAUCGACAGUGAAAGUAGGCAGACCAAAGACUUCAUUGUUCUUGAUGGUCAACUAGAGGCAUCUGAGGAGGCUUCGAAAAAGAUGAAAUCAUUCGUUACUCAUGCUGUAGAGAGCUGGGAUGCUGAGUUUUAUGUGAAGGUUAAUGAUGAUGUUUUUGUUAAUAUUGAUGUCCUUGGAGCAACACUAACUACAUAUUUGAAUAAGCCUCGUGUCUACAUUGGGUGCAUGAAAUCAGGCGAAGUUUUCUCUGAACCGACUCACAAGUGGUAUGAACCAGACUGGUGGAAAUUUGGUGAUGCAAAAUCAUACCCUACACAUGCAUCUGGUGAAAUUUAUGCCAUUUCCAGAGCAUUAGCUCAAUUUUUAUCAAUAAAUAGAUCUAUUCUUCGUACUUAUGCUCAUGAUGAUGUUAGUGCUGGAUCAUGGUUUAUUGGGCUUGACGUGGAGCACAUUAAUGAGCGAAAGUUUUGCUGCUCCGCCUUGGUUCCAGGAGCAAUCUGUACAGCUGUGUGAUAUAUCUUGCCUCACGAUAUUGUUCUAUAAAAGAAAGGGAAGGCUACUCAUAUACAGCUCAUAUUUCUAUCUCAUUGUUGACUAGACGAUUCAAGCAAGCAUACAAGCAUUAUUUUUUCCAGGCAGAAAGUUGAUACAAUCAAAGUUCAUAGAUUAGAUAUUGAAGAGGUUAUACGAAGAUUGUUCCUAUGUGCAGCUGGCCAGAGUUCCCUUAUAACCCCUGGAGGCCAACAACAUUUCACUGAUUUUACAUUUUCCAUCUCUAGAAUUUGUAGGAAAGGAUUACAUUUCUUUAGUUAUAAUUUGCUAGAACAUUUUUUCGAUU